AUGCUAUCCCUAUUACUUUUUUACGUGAUAGCCAUUGCACAAUGCUCUGUCUACGUAGGGUUUCCGUUCGACGAGCAGUUACCUAACGUUGCCAGAGUGAAUAAACUGUAUUCAUUUACCAUGGCAAAUACAACUUUUAAGUCUACCACAGGUGCUUUGUCUUACUCAGCUUCAAGCUUACCAUCAUGGUUGAGCUUCGAUAGUGAAUCCAGAACCUUUACUGGAAAUCCAUCAAGCCUGGAUGUGAACAAUUACACCAUAACCUUGAGUGGUUCGGAUAGUGACGAUACGCUCUCAAGGAAUUAUACAAUUUUAGUGUCUGAUGACCCUGGGUUGCAUUUAUCGUCAGAUGAUGCCAUCUUCACCAAACUAGCAAAAUAUGGUCGCACUAAUGGUUACGACGGGCUCGUGGUCACACCAGGCGAACAUUUUAGCAUUAAAUUUGACUCUUCUGUCUUCAAGUUAUACCCAGAUUCUGAAAGAUCAAUAAUUGCUUACUAUGGUAGAUCUGAAGAUAGGAGCUCUUUACCAAAUUGGAUCAAUUUUGAUUCAGAUUCAUUUACGUUUUCUGGAACAGUGCCUGAUGUAACCUCGAGCAUUGCACCAUCUUUUGAGUAUGGAUUCAGCUUCAUUGCCUCAGAUUACUAUGGCUAUGCCGGGGCCGAAGGUAUCUUCAAACUAGUUGUUGGAGCCCAUGAAUUGAGCACUUCAGUGAACGAAACUAUGAAGGUAAAUGGCACUUUAGGAAGUGAGAUAGAAAUUGAUGUUCCUAUUUUAUCUGAUGUCUUUUUGGACGGAAAUGAGAUUUCCAAAGAAAAUAUAACAAGUGUUUAUGCGGAUGAACUACCAAGCUAUGCUACAUUUGAUGACGAUGACUAUACCAUAUCAGGAAACUUCCCCAAUACUUCGAAAUCUGACAACUUCAGCAUUGUCGUGGAAGACAAGUUCGGAAACACAGUUGAAUUGCCUUACCUGCUUAAUGCCAUAGGUUCAGUUUUUACCGUGAAGAAGCUACCAAAUGUUAAUGCCACUCGAGGCGAGUACUUUGAACAUGAGCUAUUGGAGUCGUAUUUCACAGCUUUUGACGAUACCAACGUCUCUGUGUCUUUUGAUUCUGAUUGGUUAAACUAUACUGAACAUAAUCUUACUCUAAGUGGAUUUGUUCCUAAAUCCUUCAAAAAAUCCACUAUUAAGGUCAAGGCAAAAGGUGACAACUUAGGAUAUGAAACAAAAAGCUUUAACAUCAUAGGAAUUUCUGAAAAGAGCAAGAGUUCGUCAUCGUCUGCCCAUUCUUCCACAUCUAUAAGCUCCGAAUCCGGCUCAACUUCGCUGACCUCUUCAUCAUCAUCUCUGGCAAAUGAUGACAAAAAUUCUGGUUUGAGUAGAAAUAAAAAAUUAGCAAUUGGAUUAGGAGUUGGAAUACCCUGUUUUUUAAUAGCAAUUGCUGCGUUAAUUUUGAUUUUCUGCUGCUGCUUCAAGCGAAAUGAUGACAAAACAGAUGAUGAAGAAAAAUCGAGUGGUGAUGUUCUUGCUCCAGGUUUCUUACCACCUAUGGGUAUGGCUGAUUCAUCUAAUAGAAGUAGUGACAGUGACGACGAUGCCAGACAAAUUUCUGCUAUGAAUGUAUUGAAAUUGGAUGCAAAACACUCAUCCAGUACCAGCUCUUCAGUAACGCACGUUGAGAGCGAUAGCCAAGAUUCGAGAUAUUUCGACGCUUCGGAAAAACCAAUGAAAUCUUGGAGAGCUAAUGAUAAAUCAGAUGAAAAAGAAUUCAGGAAAUCGGAUGCUUCUCUAAGCACGGUGAAUACAGAACAAUUAUUUUCUGUAAGAUUAGUUGAUGAUCAAUCUUUCAGAAACUCGAACCAAUCGUCAGUUUCAGGAAUGCCCAUGAGUGCAAACAAUUAUGGGACUUUGACUAGAGAUUCUUCAGGGAAUAUUCAGAGACUUGAUAGUGAUGGUAAUAUAGUUGAAAGUUCAUAUUCAUCGUUAGAUCCGCAAAAAGUCACAAGGUCACACUCAUCAAACUUGGGCAUUUUAGAGGAGGAAACAUCGAAGGAACAUACUGAUAGUACUAUACGACCAGAAGAUUCCACUAUUUACCAUAGCACCCAAGACGGAAAAGUUCCGGAUUCAAAUUCUAGUAACAUGAACCUACUUUCAAACUUCAAUGAGUCACGAAAUCCAUCAACAUAUGAACCAGACAUGUCCAAUUAUAGCAAUGAUUCGGACAGCAGUCUCUUUGAUGAAUUCCAAGCAACGACCAAUGAAGAAGGAGAGGUUAAAUGGAAACAAGCCAGAAAUGGAAACAAGUUCGUUUCUUCAAGCUCCGAGCAGCUUAUUACAAAAAGUAACUCUCGCAUGACAGGAAAUAGUUUGAGAAACUCAAACUUAUCUGCAAUUUCCUUUGAGUCGAUGUCAUCAGAACUUUUGGUAAAUAAAGAUGUCAGGACUUCAAGCCCAUCAUUUGGUAAGAAAGCCAAAUUGAUUGACUUCACCAGAAAAGGAAGCUUAAGAGAGUCCGCUUACGAACCUGAAAUCCGAUUGGAAGGAGAGACCGCCCAAAUUCAUUACGAUGAUAGCGAUUAA